AUGGAGCAUCUCCAACUUCUUCUUCCUCCGGGUUCCGCUCAGAAAAACUACGAAGCCCACAUGAGGCAACGAAAGUCCUCACCCAACAUACUCGUUCUUCCUGAAGGUACAACGGCAUUCUGGCUGGGUGACCCUGCUUCCGAAAAUUUGAUCAUAUACUUUCCCGGUGGUGGCUACUGCCUCCCCGCGCUACCGGCCCACUUCACCUAUCUCGAGGCUCUCUCCACAGAUAUAAAACAACAUGGCAAAAGCAUCGGUGUGCUAUUCCUUGCAUAUGAGCUUGCCCCCAAAGCCCGAUGGCCUCGUCAGUUGCAACAGGCCGUUAUCGUCCUAGAGUACGCCAUCCAGACACUGGGAAAACGACCGUCAGACAUUAUUCUUCAGGGUGACUCGGCAGGUGCUCAUCUUGCACUUGCGCUACUAUCACAUCUUGCUCAUCCGCAUCCUCAAGAUAUCGUGCCGAGGUUUUCGCUUGAUGAACCCCUCAGAGGGACGAUGUUGUUGUCCCCUUGGGUUGACUUCAGAACUGAUCACCCGAGCUCCACUGAAAACGCGGGGAGAGAUGUUAUAUCGGCUCAGACUUUGAAUAGCUGGGCACGGAUAUUUCUGGGCCACGCCGUGGAAGAUGAGUACAACUGCCCCGCCAAAGCCUCAGCAGGCUGGUGGAGAGACCUUCCUGUUUCUAGGAUCUUCGUUGGCGCGGGAGGAGACGAAGUCUUGUUGGAUCCAAUUAGGCAGACGGCCGAGAAGAUGAAGGUGAGAGGGAUUUCCACAAGCUUCGAGUCUUCUCUAACAAGUUGUCAUUCCCAGGCUGAGCUCCCCGGCGUGAGCAUUAGUAUUGUGCCACGAGAAUUCCACGUUGAGCCAGUCACGGACUUUGCUUUGAAGAUACCCCCUGGGCUGCAGUUCAAGGUGAUGGGGUCAUGGCUGAACCAGACAUUUUUCGCACCGAAAUGCGAAAAUGAAUGA